AUGACCGAUAUCACUGGAAAGACCUGUCUCGUAACCGGCGGCGCCGGCGGCCUCGGCAAGGCCAUCGCCACACGGUUCCUCGCUGCCAACGCCAACGUCGUCAUCUGCGACAUCAACGAGGCCAGACUGCAGGAGACAGAGACGGAGUUGUCAGCCAGCAGCAGCGCGGGCAAGGUCAAGGCGAUCAAGGCGGAUAUCACUUCGGCGGCGGCUGUGCAGACCCUCUUUGACGAGAUUGUCGCCACGUUCGGCAAGGUCGAUAUCCUCGUUAACAAUGCCGGCAUCAUGGACCGGUUUGACCCCGUCGGCGACCUCGACGAGAACCUCUGGGACAAGGUCAUCGCCGUGAACCUGACGGCACCGUUCCUGCUGAGCAAGCUGGCGGUGCAAAACAUGCUCGCGCAGGAGAAGGUCGAGGGGAACAUCGUCAAUAUCGUUUCGUUGGCGGGGCGGGGUGGCGGCGUUGCUGGCGCCGCAUACACGGCCAGCAAACACGGCCUCGUCGGUCUCACGAAGAACACAGCCGUCUCGUACGGCAACAAGGGCAUUCGGUGCAAUGCACUCAUGAUGGGCGGCAUGGAAACCAACAUCACCGAGGCGUUCAUGGCCGGAGUCAAUCGCGAAGGCAUGGACCGCAUUGGGGCGCUCAUGCAGGCGAUGCAGGUCCCCAUGUGUCCGCUGGGAGAUGUUGCGGAGGUGGUGUUCUCGUUGACAUGUGGGCCUGGAGCCAGGUUGAUGAACGGGAAUUGCGUGCCUGUUGAUAAUGGCUUUUCGGCUGUUGCUUAGAUGUGGUGUUUUGGUCAAUGUGUAUAUAGUAGAAUAAUCCGAGUCAUAAACUUGUUAUUGUAUAGUCUGAACCAAUUGCACCAAAAAGCCGAACGGUAUUUGGGUCAGGCUGGAUAUGGCUGAUAUUCCCAGCAUAUAGUGAUAUACAUAAAGUGAUAUAUGC